CUUAAGGUCCUUUUCAACCCAAACUAUUCUAUGAUAAUAUGAUUCUAUGCCCAGACAGACACACACAGAGGACCCGCAGAGACUGCACAGAGAGGGGAUGGGACACAUGAGCCCAGCACAGGUGUCCUGAGAGCACUAUUAGUGUUGCAGUAGGGUCCAACCCUCCCAGCAGAAACCCAUCUGCACACAACACUGGCCUUCCCUCCAAGAGAGGUGAGGGGAGCAAGAGGAAGGGAUGUGGCCUGUCCUCUCCCACGACAGUCCUUGGGCAUGCGGAAGAGAAGCACCAGAGCGGUGCCCAUUUCCCGAGAACUUGGCUACAAUCGAGUCCACAGGAAUGAGCCACGAGCACAUCCCCUGCCUGCACGGGAUGCCACCAGCCCUUGAUCUGAGGCUUCUGCUGCGCUGACGUGUUUCUGCCCCAGAAACUCUUAGGCCUCUCAUCCUGGCACUUACAGAAGCCUUCCUAUGGCAAAGCACAUGCCAUACGCAGGGAAAUGAAAAGGCAGCAGUGCCGGAAACCGGGACACGGCCCAUGCCAUUACCUGGGAGGGUUUGCAUUUACCAUGAGCUUACCAGGAAGUUAUUCCUACCACAAAGGUGCCUCUGGGCCUGAGGCACUGCAGGACGACUAUAAAAGGCAGCCCGAGUCUCUGCUCUCCAUCCACUUCUCUCGCCUCCUUCUCCUGGGAAUCAGGUGAAGCUCUACCAUCGAGCCAUGUCCUGCUGCAACCCAUGCGUGCCCUGCCAGCCCUGUGGCCCGACCCCGCUGGCCAACAGCUGCAAUGAGCCCUGUGUCAGGCAGUGCCAGAGCUCCAACGUGGUCAUUGAGCCUUCUCCCGUGGUGGUGACCCUGCCCGGCCCCAUCCUCAGCUCCUUCCCACAGAACACCAUUGUGGGCUCCUCCACCUCCGCUGCCGUUGGCAGCAUCCUCAGCUCCGAGGGAGUGCCCAUCAACUCCGGGGGCUUUGACCUCUCCUGCAUCACCAACCGCUACUGCCGCAGACCCUGCUAAAGGUGAUGGCUGCGUCCUCAGGCAGGAACAUCCAAGACCUCACAACAUGGAUCUGGACAGGAGAUAGAGCUUCACGGCGCUGUUUCCUUCUUCCACUGUCCACUCUCUUCCCUUUCCUGUCUCCACUUCCCACACCAGCGCGGUGGGGACCUCUUGGCCUCCCUCCCUCUCUCUCUGUGUGGGACAGGCAGACGGACACCCUCCAUGAGCUCCACCGCAUCUUGGUGGCUGCCCCUGGUGCUCCCUGUGAGCCACCUCCUUCUCUUCUUUACACUCAUUAAAGUUGUGCUGCAUCCAAA